CGGAGCUCGCCCGCUCGCUGAGUCGGGGCGCGGCUGGUGCCGCCUGGCCGCCCGCAGGCCGAGCGAUCGCUGCCCGAGCGCCGCCUCUCGCUGCCCCGGAGCCCGCGCCGCCGUCGGGGGAGGCAGGAUGUUCCGCAACCAGUACGACAACGAUGUCACCGUGUGGAGCCCGCAGGGGCGAAUUCAUCAAAUAGAAUAUGCCAUGGAAGCUGUCAAACAAGGCUCAGCUACUGUGGGGCUGAAAUCAAAGACGCAUGCUGUCCUGGUAGCUUUAAAGAGAGCACAGUCUGAGCUGGCAGCUCAUCAGAAAAAAAUCCUGUACGUUGACAACCAUAUCGGUAUCUCCAUUGCUGGACUUACUGCUGAUGCAAGACUCUUGUGCAAUUUCAUGCGUCAGGAGUGUCUGGAUUCUAGAUUUGUGUUCGAUAGACCCCUUCCAGUUUCUCGAUUAGUGUCACUAAUCGGAAGCAAAACGCAGAUACCAACGCAGCGUUACGGCAGAAGACCAUAUGGCGUGGGCCUGCUUAUCGCAGGUUAUGAUGAUAUGGGUCCUCACAUCUUCCAAACUUGUCCCUCUGCAAACUAUUUUGACUGUAAAGCGAUGUCCAUUGGUGCUCGUUCACAGUCAGCACGAACUUACUUGGAGAGACACAUGACUGAAUUUACUGACUGUAAUCUAAAUGAGCUAGUUAAACAUGGACUGCGUGCUCUCAGAGAGACUCUUCCUGCUGAACAGGAUCUGACCACCAAGAAUGUUUCCAUUGGAAUUGUUGGCAAAGACAUGGAGUUCACUAUCUAUGAUGAUGAUGACGUAGCACCAUUCCUAGAAGGUCUUGAGGAGAGACCUCAGAGAAAGCCUGCCCCGCCUGCUGAUGAACCUGCGGAAAAGUCAGAGGAGCCCAUGGAGCACUAAUUCGUGGAAGAGUUCCUCUAUGUUAACCUAUGCGUAAUUAUACAGGAACCUUUAUCUAUUUGGUGGUAACUUUAUCCUCACUGAUGCGCUGUGAGGAUUACUCUUAAAAAAAAAAAAAAAAAGAGGCAAACCAAUGCACCUGUCCUUAAAAAGCUGUCGGGAGUUCAAAACUGGGUGUAUGUUCUCUGCUGGGAAAGGUGCAACCAUUUUCUAAGUAGUACACGAUACUGUUUUUUAAUGAAAAGCAUACUGUCUUUAACUUGUAAGGACCAGUGGAAAUAAAUAACUUUCUUGGAA